GCGCAAGCGCGAAAGGGGAUACAAACCGGAUGCUUAUGGAGCAUUGAGUUUUCCCUGGCACGAGCUGCGUGACUUGUACAUGGAAUACAAUCGUACAACUUCAUUAUUCUCCUAAACGCAAAUUUCGGUGAUCCAUCUAUGUCCAGCUGACAAACGCUUGUCAUGAGAAUUGUCGUCAGAUUUGUAGGGCUGCAUCAAUAUUUGAAGGCGGAUGAAGAGGAAUCACACGUAAUAACCGACACUCUUGCUACAACGUUAGCUAACUACCUGGGCAGCUAGGAAGCCUGUAACGUUAAUAUGUUGUUGGAAGUUUUGCAAGGAACAGAAGCGGGAGGAUUCAUUUUGAUACAAGAUUCUGUGAAUUACUGUGGUCGACACCUCCUGAAAAGCUGCAUCAAUACAGCACUUAAACGGGAAGAAGUGGUCCAUGUAUUGGGGUUUGAAGUUAGUCAAGAGGAACUCAAUGAUGGACUGGACAAAACAUCUGCACAGAGGCUGCACUUUCACAAUGCCUACUCUGACCCUCUCGGCUGGACCGGUAAUUCACCGUUUACGGUCCACCAGUUUACCCUAGAGGACAUCGGCACUCUUCUCAAACAAACACCUCAGGCCAAAGCAGUGACACUUGUCAUUGACUCUCUGUCAUGGAUUUUGAGGCAUCACGACCCUGCUGCUAUCUGCCAGAAACUUCAGGCUCUCAAAAAAGGUGGAGUUGUGAGAGCUGUAAUUGGUCUGCUGCACUCAGACCUGCAUCAGCGAGGCACUGUGGGAAGCAUAUGCCACUUGGCUACCUCAGUCAUCACUGUGGCCCCAGGGACCAGAGGACUAGGGGCCUUCGCCAAAAUAACAAGACGCACCAAGUCGGGCAAGCUUAUGCAAGAUGAGGAGAUAUUCAGCAUCAAUGAGGACCUGACAGUUACAAUACAGAGCAAACGCAGUCAUCCUGGAAGCACACCGAUGAAUACAGACGAAUCUGAGGUGGAUCCAACAGCCAACCUGACCUUUAACCUGCGCCUGUCUGAUACACAGAGAGAGGCCAAAGAAAAACUGCCGCUUCCCUUCGUCUUCAGUAAAGAGAAGAAGUCAGCACUUCUGCACCCGGGCACCGGUUCAGGACGGAUCCUUUACGAGCCUGAUGCCAAUGAUGAUUAUGACCAGGAGGAUCCUGAUGAUGACCUUGAUGUCUAGAGGACAGGCCAUGUAGAGCCAUGUAGAGCACAGCUCCUUGCGGUUAAUGCCACUUCUGGACAUUUCAUGCCGGAAACCACAAUAAUAGCCUGGGUUCCUGCCUGAGAUAUUUAUUUUACUUUCCCAGAGGAGAUUUAAAUGAAAGUUUAACAAAAUACCAGGCUUACUGAAUGCCAGUUUUUGCAGUGGAGGAAGUUUAUUAGGGUGGAGUCAGUAAGUAUAGGAGAUAUAUUGCUUGUUACAACAAUCAAUUCAGGAAAAUUUCAGCGGAGGACAGAAUGACGCUGAGAUCAGAUGCCUACAGCCUACGACAGGUCUCUGUUUAAAUAAAGGCUACUGUUUGCA